AUGGAUCCAACGCCGUUUAGUACUAAAUCAAGAAGAAAUUUCAGGAACGUUGGAAAUAUCUGGAAUGAUUUCUCGACGAUUCAUCAACCUACAAGUAAGGUUGUCAUUGAAAGAAAUUUUCCUUUGCUGACUAACACUCGACGAUGGUUUUCGCACCCGUACUUUCGAAAGAAAAUCGAGCCUACUGUUGACCAGUUGGGCAACCUGACUAGGCCAAAAUUCCAAUCGAAAAAAAUAGUUUAUGGCAGCUGCCCUUGGGUGUUUCCUAACAAAUGCUAUGACUCCAGGCCUAUAAUGGCGUUGCAUGAGGAAAUCAACGACUUUUACAACUACAUGUCUCCCACUCCUCAAGAACACGCUGCACGCAAAGCAGUUAUUCGGAACAUUGAAGCGGUCAUAAUCGAGUUGUGGCCAUCCGCGAGGGUCCAAGUGAUCGGUUCGUUCCGGACCGGUCUCUACCUUCCGAGUAGUGAUAUUAACUUGUUAGUGAUCGGCAACUGGUCUCGAUUUCCUCUGAAUACUCUAAAGCAUGUGAUGGCGAAAAAGGGAGUUUGUAUUGAAAAAUUCAUAAGCGUAUUCGAAAGCACCCGCGGACCAGUACUGAAACUGCGAGACAAAUUGUUUGACUUUGAAAUACAAAUAUCCUUCAAUGAAAGUAAUGGACCGCAGGUUUCAGAACUCAUCAAAGAAUACAAGGCCAAAUAUCCUAUUUUAGGGAAGCUAGCGCUCGUUCUGAAACAAUUCUUGUACCAGAGAGGUCUUCAUGAAGUCCUCUUUGGUGGCCUAUCUUAUUACGGUCUCAUAAUGAUGAUCGUGUCUUUUCUUCAACUACAUCCAAGACCGAAUGAUGCAAUGUCUUCUAAUGCCAACCUUGGUGUUAUGCUUAUAGAGUUCUUCGAGCUUUAUGGUCGCAGGUUCAACUAUUCCGUAACAGCCCUAAAGACUAAGAAAGGAGGCAGCUACUCUCCAAAGAAUGAGCUGGCUGUCCAUACGAGUAGUGUAGAACACUCAUCAAUGCUUUGUAUCGAAGAUCCUCUGAAUAGUUUCAUAGACUUGGGUCAUGGCUUCUUCAGGGCUCUCCAUGCCAGACAGGCUUUUGCACUUGCCUUUGCAACAUUGAAUAUGGUGAUGAACGGCUUCUGUGACGAUGACGACUCACGUCCGCAAGGGAGUAUUCUUGGCACGAUCAUCAGGGUGUCCCCUGCCGUUAUCAGACAGAGGCAGGAAGUCAGUAACAAUUUUUUAGUAAUUACUUCAGCAAUUAAAGGAUUGGAUGUAAACAGUGCUUCAGUCUGA